AUUGAGGGUUUAUUUGCUUUUUAUGAAACUUCAGGAACUUAAUUGCUCAAAUGAUAUAGUCUUGCAACGCCGUUUGGUUUCUGAGAAAGCUCAAGAAAAUGGCAAAAAGACAUAGCUUGCAGCUCUUUGUUAGCAGAUUAUCAUCCUACAUCACAAAUCAGAAAUUGGAAAAAUUGUUUUCGCCAUUUGGAGCUGUAACAGAAGCCAGACUAGUUGUUGAUCCGAAAACUCAAAAACCUAAAGGGUUUGGGUUUGUAACCUUCAAUUCAGAAAGCGAGGCGCAGAAGGCCUUGAAGACGAUGAAUGGCAGGAUAGUCGAUGGGAGGCUUAUAUUUGUGGAAGUUGCAAAGAGUACAAAUGCAGGAGAAGAUGCUAGCUCUUGAAGAUGUAUAUCUUGCCAUAAUUUUCUGCCAAAUGUAUUUGAUAUUAGAUGAUAGAUAGCCAAAAGAAUCCCUAUUCAAGUGUUAUGUAUGUAUGUUGGAGGUAACCUUCAACUAAAUUCAGAUUUCUCUAUUGCAAUUCCAUUUUGUUUCAUAAA